UACGAGGCUCGAAGCUGUAAAAUGGCUGAUCACGAGAAACCUCCAGCCUAUAACUAUGGUGCAAUUCCGCAAAAUGACCCGAAUUUCGCUCCUCCGCCACCAUAUUCUGAUGCUGGUCCAAAACAGCCACUACAACCAAGCUAUCCACCACCCCAACCAACAGCUCCUGCUACAACAACAACUAUUAUCACUCAACCAGCAGUCUAUGCUGUGAAUAUGAUAUUUCGAGAAGCUCCUGUCAGUAUGAUUUGUCCUCAUUGUCAAGCACACAUUGUUACAGCUACUACUUAUAAUGACGGGARGUUAACAUGGUUGUUAGCCGGUGGUCUCUGUCUUGUAGGUUGCUGGUUGGGCUGCUGUCUUAUUCCAUUCUGCAUGGAUGGUGUCAAGGAUGUCAURCAUAGCUGUCCAAACUGUAAAAAUAGYCUUGGUGUCUACAGAAGAAUCUAGUUAGCAUUUCCUGAAAUAUGACUUUUUAACGCAUACAUCAGGAGAGGACAUAAUUAAUGGUGUCUAAAACUUAUACAAAGUAUAUUCAUUUUGUAUGGAAGUAGCCAUCUGUGUAACCUAAAUCCAGAUCAACCUACAUUAUGUAGAUUCAUGAUAGGUCUUGUUUAUAAAAAAACAUUAAAAUUCAAUCAAUAAUACCUUCAAGAUUAAUUAUCAAAUAUUUGAAAGAAUGUUAUUUCAUUAUGAAUGAAAUAAUAAUUAUUAUACAAUAUUAACCAUAUUAAAUGGCAUAUAUUAAUGAUAAAAUUAAUUAAUUCAGUGCACCAUUUGUGGCUUAUACUUUUUGUACUUUGGAAAAAUAAAMUGAAAUUUUAGCAUU